GCAUCUCCGCCGGAUCGAAGAGCCACCAGAGACGAUAUUACAGUGUCCCCACCUGGUGCAUCCCCGAACGUUAAUGCAACGACGAGCUGCACUGGUACAUCGUCUCGAUUGCACAAUCCUUCCUCGCCUGGUCGAAAUGGCCAGCUAUCGAAGCAAGGCACAUUAACGAUAGUACGUCGAAGUUCUUGCAAGAAUAAGAGUAUCGGCGGAAGUUUCGAAAGUUCGCCGCCGCCGCACAGUCCUGACACUCUUUCGUCAAGCCAGUCCGUGGAUCUCGAUGAGAUCCUUGAUAAUGUCGAUCUAACGACGGACUCGCUUCCUGCCGUUGACACCCCCGACGCUUGCGACAAGGCUGCUCUCAGAUUGAGAUGCUUAUUGAGGCAGCUACAACACGGCGAAAUAUCAGCAGAAUUACUCCAACGAAAUUUACACUACGCGGCACGUGUUCUCGAAGCCGUGUUCCUCGAUGAAACCAAGGUGAAUUCAGGAGGGGUUGAGUGCUCUCGGUCAUCACGUAGGGGUGCAAGCCUGUCGUCUGCAUCCCUGGGGAGCGCCUUGGACCCGGACGGACAACAGGGCCACGCGGUGGUAACCCAGAAACGGAAGCUUCGCACCCCCGUAUGGGCAAGGCGUCGUUCAAUUGAUUUUGUAACAUUUCUCUUGGCACCUGCGUUUCACAAGAUUCAAGUUCCUUGGAAUUUUAAAUUAAUCGAUAUCGGAAUCUCAGUUGCUAAAUAUUUCGUGUUUUUAACGCAUGAAUUGAAGAAGCAGAAUAUUUGUAGAUUAACCUCUCAAGCCUCGGCGGUUGGCGGACGAGGAUGACGAACUGUCGGAGGUACAGCCGGACGCGGUGCCGCCGGAAGUGCGCGAAUGGCUGGCUUCGACGUUCACGAGACAGCUGGCGACCACCAGGCGAAAGGCAGACGAAAAGCCAAAAUUCCGCUCGGUCGCGCACGCAAUCAGGGCGGGGAUCUUUGUCGAUCGGAUUUACAGGCGGGUCACCAACACCGCGCUCAUGCAAUUCCCGCAGGAAGUGGUUAAAGUGCUCAAGACUUUAGACGAUUGGUCCUUCGACGUGUUUUCACUCAGCGAAGCCGCAAUGGGAGCUCCGGUGAAGUAUCUCGGCUAUGAUUUAUUGAAUCGAUACGGUAUGAUUCACAAGUUCAAAGUGCCAGCAACGGUGCUGGAGUGCUUCUUAGGGAGAGUGGAGGAGGGUUAUUGCAGGCAUCGAAAUCCAUACCAUAACAAUCUUCACGCAGCUGACGUCGCACAGACUAUGCACUAUAUUUUGUGUCAAACAGGGCUUAUGAAUUGGCUGACCGAUCUGGAGAUAUUCGCCACGCUGGUCGCGGCGAUUAUCCACGACUACGAGCACACUGGGACCACAAACAAUUUCCACGUAAUGUCCGGCAGCGAUACAGCUCUGCUGUACAACGAUCGGGCCGUCCUGGAAAAUCACCACAUCUCCGCGAGUUUCCGGAUAUUGAGAGAAGACGAGUGCAACAUAUUACAAAAUCUAUCGAGAGAGGAAUUCCGAGAAUUUCGUUCGUUGGUGAUCGACAUGGUGCUUGCGACCGACAUGAGCUUUCAUUUCCAGCAGCUGAAGAACAUGAAAAAUAUUCUGAGCCUGGCAGAGCCUAGCGUAGACAAAAACAAGGCUGUCAGUCUAGUUCUUCAUUGUUGCGACAUUUCACAUCCGGCCAAAAGAUGGGACCUUCAUCACAGAUGGACAAUGCAACUGCUGGAGGAGUUCUUCCGGCAGGGGGAUAAGGAGAAGGCUCUGGGAUUGCCGUUUUCUCCGCUCUGCGACCGUAACAAUACCCUGGUGGCUGAAUCGCAAAUAGGAUUCAUCGAGUUUAUCGUCGAGCCGAGCAUGCAGGUGUGCAGCGACAUGCUGGAGACAGUUCUCGCCCCGUUGAAUGCAAAGGAGAAUGUGGAUGAGUCGAACAACGGUGAGCAUAUCUGUGUCGUCACGCUUUGACGCGUCUCAUUUGCCCGCCGCUCUGCGUGCCGGUCGUAUUCAAACGACGAAUAAUCCGUAGGAUCCGGCGGCGAGAGCAGAAGAUUCAAGAUCGGUAAGCCUUGGAUCCCCUGCCUCGCGGAGAACAAGAGAAUUUGGAAGGAGCAGGCCGUUCGAGGUACUUCGAAUUCGAUUGUUUCUCUUUGUCAUUUCUUUAAAACAAAAAAAAGGAAAAAAGGAGAGAGAGGGAGAGACUGUUCGCGAUGUUCGUCUCUCACGUCGUCGAAAUUUCGUAGCGAUCCUUUGUUUAAAUCUACAGUAUAGAAUAUAAUAUAUUUUAUCGUUAGAAUUAUACAAGACAUGUAAUUAAUUUUAUUUCAUUUUUCAUCAUUAAUCAACGCCAUUUAUGGUAUAUCGGAGUGACCGAUCGAUUUCAUUCGAUUUCACGUUACUACAACGCACAGCUAUGUUAUUUUAUUUCGUGACUUUUGUUCAUGAAUAGACGCGGAGGCAAGGGCGCAGAAGGAACAGGAGCAAAAAGCAAGCAGCGAGGGCCGCGAGGACGGCGACACGACGCAGCCGGCAUCCGAGGAA